GCUCGGAUCAGAAGAGGGCAUGGGCAGAGAGCAUGGAUGGGUUUUAGGCCUCGCCGAUCGCAGACAAACCGAGCCGAAGCAAACCAGUGCAGAUAGAUAGAGUGGAGAGCGAAGCCAGUCUUGGAACGACUUCCGCGCGGGUCUUCCACCAAUAUCUGCUCCUCUCAGCACCACCAAACAACCACGACAACCAUCGGGGCCAUCGAUCUCUUCGCGAAACACACGCAGCACGAAUGUGCUCUGAUUUACGCACUUGUACCACGUGGUUUAUAUAGUCCGGAAGUGAACUCGAAAGCGGGAAGAAGAUAUCAAAAAAAAAAUCAGUGAAACACUACUCUUUUUUUGUAUAUUCCAAUCCAUCCACCACCUAACAAAACCCCUAAUCGGUAUAAAUCAUUGAUUCCAUCCAAAAGAAGUGAAUAGAAGCAGCGAACUCUACGAUUAAUAGCCUCAUCCGAAGAAAUGGACCAACAACAAAAAUAGAAUAAUUCCAUUACUCAUUAAUUAGUUUCGAGUUCGUAUUAUUCAUACUUACACAAAGACGAGAAAUUCGCACAUCCUUUUAUUAGGAUUAUUCCUGCUGCGUUCGACAGUAAAAUAAAGACGAGGAUGCAGAUCAACACUUGCUCUUGAUUCAAAGCAGGAGAGUCAGUUUCGAGUCGUGAAAAGAGAUGUAAGGAGGAUCAAGUUUUGGUAUUGUGGAUCUAAAGAGAGUGCGAGAUAAUGAGGAGAGGAUAGUUUUGUCCAAAUGGCGACGACCGAUGAGGAGCUUUCGAGCGACGAAAGAACGCGCAGACAAGGCCUGUCCAGGUCCAGAUCUUUGCCUCAGCUCUCACACCACGACUCCGGUUUAGGAAGUUUCUAUGGGGGUUCCGGGGCGGAUGAUGCGCCUGCAAGCAGGGCGGCCCGUCUCGUCGCUGAUUUACGGCAACUGCUGACCCUCAAGCAGCAUUACUACCCCGAAGGAGGAUGGGGUUGGGUAGUACUUGUCGCCUGCGUCCUCGUCCACAUCCUAGGGCACGGCAUGCUCCUGUCCUUCGGCAUGUUCGCCCUAGAGAUCACCAGAAAAUUCGGAACGCAAUCCGUCAUCGAUAAACCAUCAG